AUGUACCAGAUGCUCGUGCUGCUGGGCCUUGCUGCCCUCCUGGGUGUCUCCCAGGGCCGCACGGAUUGCUACGGCAGUGUAGAGAGAAUUAAAACCCCUGGGGCUUCAUGCAAAACUGCAAAGGCAGAGGGCUUAUCCUACUGUGGACUUAGGGCUUCAGAAAAGAUUGCUGAACGGGACCUGAGAGCUAUGGAUCAAUAUAAAGCAAUCAUCAAGAAAGUUGGCGAAAAAAUGUGUGUUGAACCAGCCCUGAUUGCUGGCAUCAUCUCCCGGGAAUCUCAUGCUGGCAAAGCGCUGAGGAAUGGCUUGGGCGACAAUGGAAAUGGAUUUGGUUUAAUGCAGGUUGACAAAAAAUCACAUACACCUGAGGGGCAAUGGAACAGCGAAACUCAUCUUACCCAGGGCACAGGCAUACUUAUUGAGAUGAUAAAGAAAAUACAGGGGAAGUUCCCACAGUGGACAAAGGAUCAACAGCUGAAAGGUGGGAUUGCUGCCUACAACUUUGGUGAUAGGAAUGUCCGAAGCUAUGACAGAAUGGACAUCGGCACCACCAACAACGACUACUCCAGCGACGUGGUUGGGCGAGCCCAAUAUUUCAAGAAACAAGGAUACUAG